AUGUCCUAUCCCGGCGCUCCAGGUGUCCCGAACAACGCCUCACACCCUUCUCUCCCGCCACGACCACCGGCAGCUGCUAAGAGCGGCGGCGGCGGAUUCAAAUCGAGUUUUUCUCCCGCGGCGUCGUCGUAUUCAGGGUCGGCUUCGUACUCGAGCGCGCCAAGCUACAGCUCUGCGCCAGCUCCUGCAGCACAAUAUGGCGCCGCACCGAGCAACUACUCGUAUCCCCAGGCCGCGCCCGUAGGCGGUGGCCGGGGCGGCUAUCAACAGCCUUCUACCUCGUCCUAUAACAACUACUCUCAACCGCAGAGCUACGGUCAGCAAGCCGGAGGCUACUACGGUGCCCCCGCGACGGGCUCCUACAACACGCCACCUCAGAUCCGCAACCCUUUCCCAGCCCCCGGCGCAGCGACCGCGACGGCGGCUUCACAGAAUCCCUUCGACCGCAAUGACCCCAACUACGACCCGGACAUGGCAGCGCAGAUCGCGCAGUGGCAGAGCGCUUAUCUGCCGAAGGAGGGCGCCGAGACCACGGCCAGCAAACCGGCCGGCGGCGUGACCGCGGGGCCGACGUUCAACGCCGAGGCAGCGGCCAAGGCCGCAGCAGACGCGCAGGCGACCUCGAACGAGAAGAAGAAGACGGUGUACCGCGAGGGCGGCGGCAAGAAGUGGGCGGACGACACGCUGCUGGAGUGGGACCCGGCGCACCUGCGGCUGUUCGUGGGCAACCUGGCGGGCGAGGUGACGGACGAGUCGCUGCUCAAGGCGUUUGCGCGGUGGAGGUCGGUGCAGAAGGCCAAGGUGAUCCGCGACAAGCGCACCAACAAGAGCAAGGGCUUCGGCUUCGUCAGCUUCAGCGACCCGGACGACUUCUUCCAGUCCGCCAAGGAGAUGAACGGCAAGUACAUCCAGAGCCACCCCGUGGUCGUGCGCAAGGCCAACACCGAGAUCAAGCCCCAGGUCGCCAAGGACGCCCACAGCAGGGGCAAGAACCACCACAAGAAGGGUAACAAGAGCGGCAACGGAGGAGGCAAGGGCGAUGACGCUGGCUAUGAGCCUCAUCUUGGUGCCAUGGGCGGCGGCAUCGUUAAGCCAGGCCAGAAGACGAAAGGCGGCCUCCGGUUGCUGGGUUAA